CUCGACCACGCGACCGAGACUAGACCUCAGAUCCCCGUGUGGAAGCUUCGGUCCAACUCGUCACAAUGGUCGGCACAAGCCCAGCAUCCAGAUGGCACAAACUUCGUACGAUCCUGAGGAUACGCCACGGCCCCGGCGCGGCAAUACUCCCUCCGUCUGUGACGAGAAUACACAUGGAGUUCGCGAAGACGUAUAACGACGGCCACAUGGGACCCAGGAGAUUCUGGCGCGACAUGCUCCCCCGGCUAAAAUACUACAACCCGGCCAUCCCCAUGAUCGUGAACCGCAAGGAGACAAACGAAGGCACCGCCGUCAUGUCCGUCUACUUCCGCAAGGACGACGCCCCAGUAGCAGCGGGCCAAGAGCCCGUCGUCCGCGUCCAGCCGCCCUCAUCCGCCAUCGACGCCUCCAAAGCCGUCGACCCCGCCGCCGACGAGCGCGUCGUCAAAAUCGAUAUGAAAGGGAAGCCGUCCGACGAGAUCUUCAACCACUUCUUGGCUGAGACGCGUGCCCAGCCCGUCCAAACUACGCCGGAGGAGGAGGCCGAGAUGCGCGAGGUGGUGGAGAUGCAGCGCCAGGGCGCCAUCGACCGGGAGAUUCAAAGGGUUAGGGUGGAGGAGAGACGGCGAGAGAGGGCUAUGCUCGAGAGGGCUAGGACGGCGGGAGCGGCGUAAUAAUGCGCAUGGCACACGCGGGCUCAUGUAUGAAUAUUUGUAUAAAGCUGUACUGUGUACUCCGUAGCAAACACCGAAGCCUCCAGAGUUGAAAGUAAAAUCAGGGGCGUCCU